AUGCACCGCGUUGCCGUUUCCAGCAUCGACGAUCUAUUCCCCAGUGCUCUGACACCAGCUGAAUUAGAGAUCCAGAGUGGAAAUUUCCAGAAAUCCUGGUUGGCGGUCAGAGCCGGGACUCGAGCCUUUGUGAAAUGCACCAAAGCCCGAAACCUGAAGAAGAGGAUCACGAGGACCCUCUGGAUUAAUCGAAUUACAGCUGCUACCCAGUCACAUGGCCCGACGUAUCCAGCGUUCACUGGCAAUUUAAUUAAGUGCCAGGUGGAGUGCCACAGGAAAGUCCUAGCGGAUCUAGCCAUUUACGAACCAAAGACUUCUAAAUCUUCGACUGCCUUGGCCAAUAGGAGGCGACAGGAAGAAUUUGCUGCUGCCUUAGGGGAUGGGAAGGAGCCCGAAGGCAUUUUUUUCCGGAAUGGGUCGCCGCGCUCCACCCCACCCGCUUCGCCACGGGUUCGAGUCCUGGCGUCCGGGCGUCCGGGAGCCCGCUGUCCAGCACCGAAGGCAAGGUCGGUCCAAGCGGACCUGAGGAUUCAGUGGAUGUCCCCCAAGCCCCGCGGCCGCUCUAAGGCGGUAGAAGCGAGAUUCCCCGGAAACCCAGGGAACCUGAUGCUCGCACAGGACCAAAGCCCGAGGCCGCGGGGACCACGGAGGGACGGAGAAGCCGGGACUCCUCACAUCCCACAUCCGGCAGGGGAAGCCCAGCGGGUGAGCGCGGGUCCCCUCAGUCCCCGAGGAAGUGCGCCCGACGGAAACGCCCCUCGCCCGCGGACCUCGCUUUCCUCUCCCGCGUUCUUGGGUCACUUCCCGCUGUCUCCAGCCCGAGCCCGUGGCCCCAAUCUCUGGUACCUCCUUACUCUGGUCACCCUUUCCCUGGUGCCCCCUCCCCGGCUUUUCUUUGUCCCGUCCCCACCCUUGCCCGGGCCUGCCGGACUCCCCUCUUUGACACCCGGCGCCACCUCCUCGAGCUUUUCUCGUCCCCUCCCCAUUCCCGGCCCCCUGAUCCCCUCCCGGAACUUCUCUGGACCUCUCCGCUCCUCCGCCCCGGGCUUUCCCUCCGCGCUCUGCGGCCCCCUCAGCACCCUUCCCGGAGCUCCUCGGGUCCUGCCCCCUCCCGGUGGUUGCCCGCGCCGCCCCGCCCCCGUUUUUAAACCUGGCGCGCGGGCAGGCACUGGAAAUAAGAUUAACUCUCCUGGCAUAGUCCCCGCGCCCUGGCGACCUUGGAUCCAGACACCUGGAGAUGCUGAGCUGACCAGAACGGGAAGGCCGCUUGAACCUAGGGCUGACCAACACGCUUUUGGAUCAAAGGGAGCCUUUGGGUUUCAGCAUCCUGUAAGAGUCUAUUUACCCAUGUCAAAGCGUCAAGAAUACCUGCAGAGCUCCGGGGAGCAAGUGCUGGCCAGUUUCCCAGUGCAAGCCACGAUUGACUUCUAUGACGAUGAGUCCACUGAGUCUGCUUCGGAAGCUGAAGAGCCAGAGGAAGGACCCCCGCCCCUCCAUCUUCCACCCCAGGAGGCAGGAGGUCUGCAGGAAAACGGCAGAGACCAGGGCAUCAACUGAGGGCAGCGAUCCUCAGGAGGGGGUGACUCCUGGGGGGAGGGUCCUCUCCCUCAUGGCGACUCCUCAAGGGGCGGCGAGUGCUCCUCAUCCAAAUGAGUCUGUCUCUGUCUCCUGGACCCUGCUCCGGGACCUGCCCCAACGUUCUCUUGGGGACACCCGAGCCAGGACACCGCGCAUCCCUGCUGAGUGUACAGAGGCUGGAGACUUCUCGGGCAGCCCCUGGCCCGCACACUACUCAGGGCAGAGAGUCAGCUUUUACUUUUCUUUCUCCUGGCGAUUCGUUUUUGGUGCACUCAUGCAUACCUUUGAGAGAGGAUUCCAGGACACAGAGAAGGUCUGUGUCAACAGAGUUGUUAUCUGGUAGAGCCCAUUUUCACAGCUCCUUCGAGCAUUGUCACUCGCUGAUCAGGUGACGGAUUCUUCCUAGUCACCCACUCCACCUCCUACUUAAACUGAGACUCAUUACUUAGCUCUUUCUGCUUUUGUAAAAAUAAUUUAGAUAUUAAACCCCAUUUUAAUCUAUCAUCCAAGGGCAGAUGCAGUUGCUUAGUAGCA